GCGGUGCCGCCUCGGCCCGGGGCCGCCGCAGCGCGCCGGGCAGGGCGAGGGGCGAAGCCGGAGGGCAAAGGCUGGCAGGUCUCGGGCCUGCGGGCCCGCUGCGCUGGCGCCAUGGACCGAGACCUGCUCCGCCAGUCGCUGAACCACCACGGGCCGCCGCUGCUUGCGCUGCUGCGCAGCGAGCAGCAGGACAACCCGCACUUCCGGAGCCUCCUGGGCGCCGUGGAGCCCGGCCGGGGGGAGCCGCUGCCCGCCAGGAAGGAGAAGAGAAUGGACAAUACCGAGAUACAGACAUUCAUUUCCAAGAAAGCAGACCUCCUCUUUGCCCUUUCCUGGAAAUCAGAUGCACCUGCAGCCUCUGAAAUCAGCGAGGACAGUGAAGAUCACUAUGCAGUCAUGCCACCUUUGGAGCAGUUCAUGGAGAUUCCAAGUAUGGAUCGGAGAGAGCUGUUUUUCCGAGAUAUUGAGCGUGGUGAUAUAGUCAUUGGAAGGAUUACUUCUAUUCGGGAAUUUGGGUUUUUCAUGGUGUUGAUUUGCUUAGGCAGUGGCAUCAUGAGAGACAUAUCCCACUUAGAAAUCACAGCUCUUUGCCCAUUAAGAGACGUGCCUUCUCACAGUAAGCAUGGGGAUCCUUUGUCGUAUUACCAGACUGGCGACAUCAUUCGAGCUGGAAUCAAGGAUAUUGACAGAUACCAUGAAAAGCUUGCAGUCUCUCUGUAUAAUUCAUCUCUUCCACCACAUCUGUCCUCUACUAAACUAGGUGUGAUUAGUUCUGAAGAACUUCCUCUGCACUACAGGAGGAGUGUGGAAUUGAAUAGCAAUUCUUUGGAAUCUUAUGAAAACAUGAUGGAGAGUUCCUUGGGAUUUGUUAAUCCAGGAGUAGUAGAAUUCCUUCUGGAAAAACUAGGAAUAGAUGAAUCUAAUCCACCAUCUUUAAUGAGAGGUCUGCAAAGCAAAAAUUUCUCUGAAGAUGAUUUUGCUUCUGCAUUAAGGAAGAAACAGUCUGCAUCUUGGGCUUUGAAAUGCGUGAAAAUUGGAGUUGAUUAUUUUAAGGUGGGACGCCACGUGGAUGCCAUGAAUGAAUACAAUAAGGCUCUGGAAAUAGACAAGCAAAAUGUGGAAGCUUUAGUAGCUCGUGGAGCAUUAUAUGCAACAAAAGGAAGUCUGAACAAAGCAAUAGAGGAUUUUGAGCUUGCACUAGAAACCUGUCCAACUCACAGGAAUGCAAGAAAAUACCUCUGCCAGACACUUGUAGAAAGAGGAGGGCAGUUAGAAGAAGAAGAAAAAUUUUUAAAUGCUGAAAGUUACUAUAAGAAAGCUUUGGCAUUGGAUGAGACUUUUAAAGAAGCAGACGAUGCUUUGCAGAAGCUUCAUAAAUAUAUGCAGAAAUCUUUGGAAUUAAGAGAGAAACAAGCUGAAAAGGAAGAAAAACAGAAAACAAAGAAAAUAGAAACAAGUGCAGAAAAGUUGCGUAAGCUCUUAAAAGAGGAGAAAAGGCUAAAGAAGAAAAGGAGAAAAUCAUCUUCUUCCAGUGGUUCUUCUUCUGGGGAUGAGUCCGUUUCUUCCUCAUCAUCUACUUCCUCUUCUGAUCACAAACGGCAUAAGAAACAUAAGAAGAAUCGCUCGGAGUCUUCUCGAAGCUCCAAGAAGCAUUCGGCUAAAGCACUCUCAAAUCAGGUAGAUCAGAAUAGGAAAGAUGAUUCCUUCCCAGUUCCACCCAAUACUUCAGCGUCUUUUCUUACCCAAAAACAUGAAGUGGAAAAACUACUGGAAAAACAGGAUAGGUUGCCAUAUCAAAAGAAACAGGUAAAAGAGAAAGAUAGAUGUUCUCUGUCUUCAUCUUCAGUAGAAAUUCCGGAGGAUAUUGGAGGUAGGUCUGAAGAUCCAAGAGAUUUUUAUAAUAGUUAUAAAAAUCAGGCAAGUAGUAGCAAAUCUGAAAAGUCGUAUAAAUCAGAAAGACCUUUUUCUUACAGAAGAGAUUCCUCAGACUCCUGCUAUAGGAAUUCAGAGGAAAAGGCGAAAAUACAGGGUUAUAAAAGGUUUGAGAAAGAUACGGAGGGACGCAAAGAGCAUUAUAGGAGGUGGGAGCCAGGGUCCACGAGGUGCCCCCCUUCCCCCGCACACUCAGACUACUCAUGGAAGUCAGUUGAAAAACACAAAAAAUGUAAUUACCCUGGAUCACGUGAUUUUAGUAGACAGGAGCAGAGAUACCAAUUAAGUAGAAAUCAAGGAGAGUAUGAAAAAGAGGAUAAUUAUGAGGAGGAUGUUAAAACAGAACUGCCAGAAGAAGCAAGUAGCAAAGAGCAGUCAGAAAGUGGAACUAAAAAAAAUUUGCCUCAAAAUUUACUCAAUAUAUUUAACCAAAUAGCUGCAUUUGAGAGAGAGAAGGGAAAUAAACCUAAAAACUGAUGUCAAGUGAAUUAGCAUCACUGGACCGCUAAUAAAGGUUUUGAAUUUUUAGGCUUAACAGCCUAAGCAGACUUACCUACUUGAAGUUAUUUGUAGAUGUUGCAGAAAGCUAAGGCUUUUUAACUUCUUUUAGUGAGUUUAUUGCUGUUAUAGAACCUUCCCAAAACUUGAUUUUUAGUAUUGUUUCAUGUAUGAAUAUGUGUAGAAUUCCUUAUUUUGACAAUUUGAUUUUUUUUUUUCACAUAAAGAUACUUCUCAAAGUAUUUAACUGUACGUGAGAAUACCCAUGUUCAUCAGCCCUUAUUACCUUGUUGGAUAAAAAAUUUAAAUUUGUGCUUUGAACACUUGUACUGUUUAUCGUAAAAAAUCAUUUCAUUUUCUUUUCUGUUAAAAGUCCAUGGUCUACAAAAGAAUACUUAAAUUGAGUGUUCCUUAUGUGCUUAAAAUUAAAGUGCUCUUUAAAUUUAUUCAUAAUUUGCUUAAUUUGAGGUUUUUUGGGUAGAACUUCUUUCAAAAUGGUAGAUUACAUGUCUAUUUGGCUUCUUAAUAAGCCUGAUUUAAUUCAAUAUAAUCUGUGUACAGAAAUUAAGGCUUCUACAUAGCUUAACAACUAUUAGGAUUAAAGUCAUAAAACUGGGUUUUUUCUCUGUAUCUUUAAGCUUAAUAUAAUGCUAGUGGCCUAAGUAUAUUUUAACUUGGAGA